CGAAAAUCCUAAGAGAUGACCUGCCUCCCGCUAGCCAAUCUCACUGCUUGUUGCUGUGAAAAGGUAGCAAACCUCCGACAGGCUCCCGCCAUGUUUUCCCAGAGAGCAUGCGUGCACGUAUGCACGUUAACUACCCCAACCAAUCGGUGCUCACGUCGACGACUCGUUCAUCUCAGGGGCGGGGCGGCCUUCUACACAUGCGCACGGUCCGGCGGGCCUUCUUCCUUCUCGCCGAGCGCCGCCAACAUGGUGUUCAGGCGUUUCGUGGAGGUUGGCCGGGUGGCCUACGUCUCCUUUGGGCCUCAUGCUGGGAAGCUGGUCGCAAUUGUAGAUGUUAUUGAUCAGAACAGGGCUUUGGUUGAUGGACCUUGCACUCAGGUAAGGAGACAGGCUAUGCCUUUCAAGUGCAUGCAGCUCACUGACUUCAUCCUCAAAUUCCCUCACAGUGCCCGCCAGAAGUAUGUCCGACAAGCCUGGCAGAAGGCAGAUAUCAAUACAAAAUGGGCAGCCACAAGAUGGGCCAAGAAGAUUGAAGCCAGAGAAAGGAAAGCCAAGAUGACAGAUUUUGAUCGUUAUAAAGUCAUGAAGGCAAAGAAAAUGAGGAACAGAAUAAUCAAGCUUGAAGUUAGGAAGCUACAAAAAGCAGCUCUCAUGAAAGCGUCUCCUAAAAAAGCACCUGUUGCUAAGGGUGCGGCUGCAGCAGCUGCUGCAAAGGUUCCAGCCAAAAAGAUGGCCGCUGUGGGCAAGAAGGCUCCAGCCCAGAAGGCUCCUGCCCCGAAAGCUGCAGGCCAGAAGGCAGCACCUCCAAAGGCUCAGAAGGGUCAGAAAGCUCCAGCUCAGAAAGCACCUGCUCCAAAGGCAUCUGGCAAGAAAGCAUAAAGAGCAUAAGAGGCUAUUAAAAACAAGUAAUAAAGGUUCUUUUUGACACGC